AUGUCUUCUCACGCUUCAGCCAAGUCCCCUACCCUGGGAUCUUCAUCUUCCUCGCGCAACCAGCCCCAGAAUCUGGCGCAGGAACUUGCCAGCGUCGAAGACUACGACAUGCCGGACCUCAAGUACGACUCCGACGGAGAAGGCUCCUUCACCAAGGAAGGUUACGAAAAACUUCGACGCAUCAUCCAGAAACAAGACGCUGAGUCUAAGGAGAUGCAAACCUUCGCUGCCGCCAACAUUGUUACUACCCCCGUCGGAGGACGACAGAAGCUCAAGCUCAGCACCCUGGUUACUUAUGAUGGAACCCUAGGAACGCUCAAGGGAUUCCUGAUUUAG